AAAGUCGGAAAAACUAUGAAUUUCUCCCAUCAUUCGAAACGGGACGAAUCGAAUCACUUUGAUCCCAGUUGUCGUGCACUCAAUGAAUCGGCGAAUAGUAUUGGCUCAGACGAACAAGAUGACACCCGGGAUGAGACCAAUGGCACCGACCAUAGUGGCAGUGGCAGCGGCAGUGGCUCCUCCGGCUCCGACUCGGAUUCGGACAGCUCCUCGGGAAAUUCCAGCGAUGGACGCAGCUCGCCGGAACCAGAGGACAAAUUGCAAUCGGUGGCAGGAUUUCCACCGACAGCCGCUGCUGCCCAGGCGGACAGCAAGACGAACGGGUUCACAGACGACCAGGAGGAGAGCUCCAGUGAGGGUUCCAGUGGCAGCGAUUCCGAUUCGGAUGCUGAGGGCCCAGCAGACCAAAACCAGACCAACAACAAUGCCAACUCAAGCAGCAGCCUGUCCAAGGAGGAGCAGGAGGACAAUGAGACUGAGGCUGGUCAGCAGCAGCAGCCAGCCAGCGAUGCCUCUGCGGAUGAAGCAAGUGAUAGUUCAGCCAAUGUCUCGCCCACAUCCUCCAGCAGCAGCAGUGAGGAGGAGGAGGAGGACUACAGACCCAAGAGGACGCGCCAGGCGCGCAAACCACCGACUGCCGCUGCGGACAAAUCCAAGAAGGCUCCUGCUACCAAGAACAAAAAGAAAACCUGGGACUCGGACGAAAGCGAUGAGAGCGAGGACAGCGAGGAGGAUGUGUCCGCCGCCCACAAGCGCAAGGCAGCAGCCACUACCUCCAGAAGCAAACCAGCACAACAGCAGCAGCAGCGACGCCGGGUAAAGUCCUUCAGUUCCGAGGACAGUGACGAUGAGGAUGCCAGCAAACGCUGCGCCACCCGCCGCACGGCCGCCGCAGUUAGCUACAAGGAGGCCUCCGAGGAUGAGGCCACCGACUCGGAGGAUCUGCUGGAAUUCGAGUACGAUGAGAGCCAGGCAGCCACCACUGCAGCCGCCGCCGAGGAGGAGGAGAAGUGCGAGACCAUUGAGCGGAUACUGGCCCAGCGUGCUGGCAAAAAGGGAUGCACUGGCAACCAGACCACGAUCUAUGCCAUCGAGGAGAAUGGUUUCGAUCCAAAUGCCGGCUUCGAUGAGAAGGAAAGCUCGGAGGCGGAGUGCCAAUUCCUGAUCAAGUGGAAGGGCUGGUCGUACAUCCACAACACCUGGGAAUCGGAGGCUACGCUGCGCGACAUGAAGGCCAAGGGCAUGAAGAAGCUGGAUAACUUUAUAAAGAAGGAACAGGAGCAGGCCUACUGGCGACGCUACGCGGGUCCCGAGGACAUUGACUACUUUGAGUGCCAGCUGGAACUGCAGCACGAGCUGCUCAAGUCAUACAACGUGGUGGAUCGCAUCAUUGCCAAGGGCUCGAAGCCAGACGACGGCAGCGAGGAGUAUCUGUGCAAGUGGAUGUCGCUCCCGUACGCCGAAUCCACGUGGGAGGAUGCCGCCUUGGUGCUGCGCAAGUGGCAGCGCUGUGCGGAGCAGUUCAACGAGCGCGAGAACUCCAAGUGCACGCCAUCGCGUCACUGCCGAGUGCUCAAGUAUCGUCCGAAGUUCUCGCGCAUCAAGAAUCAGCCCGAGUUCCUCUCGGCGGGCCUCACGCUGCGGGAUUACCAAAUGGACGGCUUGAAUUGGCUGCUGCACUCGUGGUGCAAGGAGAACUCGGUGAUACUGGCUGAUGAGAUGGGUCUGGGCAAGACCAUCCAGACAAUUUGCUUCCUCUACUCGCUGUUUAAGCUGCAUCAUCUCUACGGACCGUUUCUGUGCGUCGUUCCUCUCAGCACCAUGACUGCUUGGCAGCGGGAGUUCGAUUUGUGGGCGCCUGACCUCAAUGUAGUCACUUACCUUGGCGACAUUAAAUCCCGCGAGCUCAUCCAGCAGUACGAGUGGCAGUUUGAGGGCUCCAAGCGGCUCAAAUUCAACUGCAUUCUCACCACCUACGAGAUUGUGCUGAAGGACAAACAAUUCCUGGGCACGCUGCAGUGGGCCGCGCUGCUGGUGGACGAGGCGCAUCGUCUGAAGAACGACGAUUCGCUGUUGUACAAGUCGCUCAAGGAGUUCGACACCAAUCAUCGCCUGUUGAUAACUGGUACUCCACUGCAGAAUUCGCUCAAGGAGCUGUGGGCCCUGCUGCACUUCAUCAUGCCGGAUAAGUUUGACACGUGGGAGAAUUUCGAGGUGCAGCACGGGAAUGCCGAGGACAAGGGCUACACUAGAUUGCAUCAGCAGUUGGAGCCGUAUAUUCUGAGAAGAGUAAAAAAGGACGUGGAGAAGUCGCUGCCGGCCAAAGUGGAGCAGAUUCUGCGUGUGGAGAUGACCUCGCUGCAGAAGCAGUACUACAAGUGGAUCCUCACCAAAAACUUUGAUGCGCUGAGGAAGGGCAAGCGCGGCAGUACCUCCACCUUUCUCAACAUAGUCAUCGAGCUGAAGAAGUGCUGCAAUCAUGCUGCUCUUAUAAGACCCUCGGAGUUUGAACUUAUGGGUCUGCAGCAGGAUGAGGCGCUGCAAAUGCUGCUCAAGGGUUCCGGCAAGCUCGUGCUGCUCGAUAAACUUCUCUGCCGUCUGAAAGAGACGGGCCACCGCGUGCUGAUCUUCUCGCAAAUGGUUCGCAUGCUCGAUGUGUUGGCCGACUACCUGCAGAAGCGUCACUGGCCCUUCCAGCGGCUCGACGGAAGCAUCAAGGGUGAGAUGCGGCGGCAGGCCUUGGACCAUUUCAAUGCCGAUGGCAGCCAGGAUUUCUGCUUCCUGCUCUCCACGAGAGCCGGUGGAUUGGGCAUUAACUUGGCCACCGCCGAUACGGUGAUUAUCUUUGACUCCGAUUGGAAUCCGCAGAAUGAUUUGCAGGCGCAGGCGAGAGCCCAUCGCAUUGGGCAGAAGAACCAGGUCAAUAUCUAUCGCCUGGUCACCGCGAGAUCUGUGGAGGAGCAGAUUGUGGAGCGGGCCAAGCAGAAGAUGGUGCUGGACCACCUGGUCAUCCAGCGGAUGGACACCACGGGACGCACGGUGCUCGACAAAAGCGGGAACGGGCACUCGUCCAACUCGAAUCCGUUCAACAAGGACGAUCUGUCUGCUAUCCUGAAGUUCGGAGCCGAAGAGUUGUUCAAGGACGAACAGGAGCAUGACGACGACCUGGUUUGCGACAUUGAUGAGAUUCUGCGCAGGGCGGAGACUCGCAACGAGGACCCCGAAAUGCCGGCAGACGAUUUGCUGUCAGCCUUCAAGGUGGCCAGCAUAGCGGCCUUCGAGGAGGAGCCAAGUGAUACGGUCAAUAAGCAUGACCAUGAAGCCGCCGGCGAGGAGGACGACAGCAAGGAUUGGGACGACAUCAUUCCGGAGGGCUUCCGCAAGGCCAUCGACGAUCAGGUGCGGGCCAAGGAGAUGGAGGAUCUGUACCUGCCGCCGCGGAGAAAGACGGCUACCGCCAGCCAGAACGAAGGAAAGCGGGGAGCUGGAAAGGGAGCGAAAGCGAAGCAGCAGGCAGACGACUCCGGCGGCGAUUCGGACUACGAACUGGGCUCCGAGGGCAGCGGUGACGAUGGGCGGCCACGCAAGCGCGGAAGACCCACGAUGAAGGAGAAGAUAACCGGGUUUACGGAUGCCGAACUGCGUCGCUUCAUUCGCAGCUACAAGAAGUUCCCUGCUCCCCUUCACCGCUUAGAAGCCAUCGCCUGCGACGCCGAGCUGCAGGAGAAGCCGCUGGCGGAACUGAAGCGCCUCGGCGAGAUGCUGCACGACCGCUGCGUUCAGUUCCUGCACGAGCACGAGCACCAGGAGGAAGAGCACAAGACUGCGACGGCCGACGAGACGCCGGGCGCCGCCAAGCAGCGACGCGCACGCGCCACCUUCUCCGUGAAGCUGGGCGGCGUCUCCUUCAAUGCCAAAAAGCUGCUGGCCUGCGAGCAGGAGCUGCAGCCGCUCAGCGAGAUCAUGCCCAGCCUGGCCGAGGAGCGGCAGCAGUGGAGCUUCAAUAUCAAGACGCGUGCCCCGGUCUUUGACGUCGACUGGGGCAACGAGGAGGACACCAAGCUGCUGUGCGGCAUUUACCAGUACGGCAUUGGUUCCUGGGAGCAAAUGAAGCUCGAUCCCACGCUCAAACUCACCGACAAGAUUCUGCUGAACGACACGCGCAAGCCGCAGGCCAAACAGCUGCAAACGCGUGCCGAGUACCUGCUCAAGAUCAUCAAGAAGAACGUGGAGCUGACGAAGGGUGGCCAGCGAAGGCAGCGGCGUCCCCGGGCAUCGCGGGCAAACGAGGCCAAGGCGGCCAGUCAGUCGGGUAGUUCGAAUUUGGAGAGCAAGUCGCAUGAGGCCGAAGAAGCUGGAGGAGCUUCCAUUGCCGAAAGCAGUAAUAGUCAAGUGGAUCCCUCCACCGCACAAUCGCCACACAAUGCCUCCACCGCUGAUCACUCGAGUAGUACGGCAAAGAAAACCAAAAAGUCCAAGGCCAGGUCGAAAAAGACCAGCGCCUCGGACAACAACGGCAACAAACCCAUGCACUUUACGGCCAACAACGAGCCGCGGGCCUUGGAGGUGCUCGGCGACCUGGAUCCCAGCAUAUUCAACGAGUGCAAGGAGAAGAUGCGGCCGGUGAAGAAGGCCUUAAAGGCUCUCGAUCAACCCGAUGCCAGUCUCUCCGACCAGGAUCAGGUGCAGCACACCAGGGAUUGCCUGCUUCAGAUCGGCAAGCAGAUCGAUGUCUGUCUCAAUCCGUAUGGUGAACCAGAGAAGAAGGAGUGGCGCAGCAACCUCUGGUACUUUGUCUCCAAGUUCACCGAGCUGGACGCCAAGCGCCUGUUUAAAAUCUACAAGCACGCACUCAAACAGAAGACGGGCGAAGGUGGCGAAGGAAAGGGAAAGGAUGCCUCAGGAAGUCCUACUAAAUCCAAGCGCAAUGGCCUGGCGGCGGAGGAAAAGGACAAGGAGCGCGAUAAGAGUGGCGGCAAGAAAAAGAAGAAGGACAAGGAAAAGGAGUCGCGUGGCACACCCUCCUCCAAUCGCUUCGCCAACGACUCGCCACUCAAGCGGAAAAGGGAUGAGAAUGAUGCCGAGGGCAGCGGUGGAAUUGCUGGCACGCCGGGCGGCGGAAUCGGCGAUCAUCUCAAGUCCAUGUCCUUCAAGCGGCUCAACAUGGACCGCCACGAGGAGCGCAAGAAGCAUCAUCGCGGCGCCGACUACUACGGAGGCAGUGGCCCACCGAUGGGCAGUGGAGGAGGCUAUGAAGGCGGUGCCCGCCGGCAGGGACCCACCUCUCCCUCCACGCCAAACAGUCGUGGCGGUCGAGGAGGCUACGAACCACCGCCAGCUCCUUCCGGCUACACACCGGAAAUGGAGCGGUGGCAUUCCCGCGAAAGAUACAGCCAGGAAUACAAGAGAGAUCGCUACGACGGCUAUCCGCGCAGUGGAGGAGCUCAGGGCAGCUAUCAUCGCGAACGCGAACGACGUCCCGACAAGCGCAGAUAUCCAUCUGGCGUGCCGCCGCAUGGUUACUCAAGCCACUACCUGCCGCCCAACUACUAUGGAAUGCCGAAUGGAGUCGUUCCCGGUCUGCCGCCACCGCCGUCCGGGUACCGCGAUCCCCGCGGCUAUCCGGUGAUGCCGCGCGACUAUCCUGCCGACUACAGACGCAGCGACUACGAGCGGCGCACGCAGACCUGAGGAGUUGACUCUCGAACCCGACUGUCUAUUGUACAUAGAACGCCUAGACUUAAGAGUGGCUGUCCAGCCAAUCGACACAAGAAACCCAAACCACAACCUGCAUACAAUACGUUAAGCGUAGUAAUACCUAGCAGCUAACUAUACUUCUACCUAUAAUUUCACAUCCGAUCGCACAGAGGGCAAGCACCGCACCAUUAUCAUCAUCCAGGGUUCAGCGGCAAUACCUGCAUACCUAAUCUUAGACUUUCUGUGUAUAAAUCAUAGGCUUUAACUCGUUCAUCAUUGCGAAACAUUAUUUUUAUACUACUCAACUGUACAGAAGGUGCAGCGGGUCAUGAAUAUUUGUGCUGUGUGAGGUAUGUGGCCCAUGGAUGCAAGCAAGUCGUUUAAAAGCUUUUAAACCAACAACAAAUUCUCACUAUAUUUAAACACCAAGAUAUGUUUGUAAACACAAAAACGAAAGCAAUGGGGGCCGUUGAAGAAUCGUAUCAAGGUUAUGAAAUAUAGCAGCAGACUAAUCAUUUGUUUAAUGUCUAUAUUGCAUUCGAACUUUUAUAUACCGUUUAAAAAUAAAGAAUCAGCGAAUGAUCCAGAGAAUUGUAAUUUAGUUAAAAUUAAAGAUAAUAAUAUUAAUGAUAUAUUAAUAUAUAAAGUACGUUGUAGUGUCUGAGAAAUCUAUUAAAUAUAUAUCAAUAAAUUAUAAAAUAUUUAAAUUUAAA